UCCAGAAAGGGAAAGAGCCUCUCCUCGUUUCUCUUCCUUGGCAAGCCCCGCCCCCUUCUCUCCAUCCAGGCCUAAGGCUGCCCAGUGGGCCUUCCCUACAUCCGGGGACUUUGGAGCCUGAGCAAGAGAAAUUUAGGCGGGAAAGCUCCUGUGAGGAAGGGAAGAAGAAGAGGCAGCGCCUGGGGCCAGAAGCGCUAAGGCCGCCGAUGUGGACGCAAUGCUGGGUACUUGUGGCAUGCAGAAAUGUCACCAGGAGGCACUGAAAAAGAAUCGUGUGUCCCUUGCGAAGCAGCUUGUGCUGAAGGAAUUGACAGAACACCUUAUAGAAAAGGAUGUUAUCACUGAAGAAAUGAUGGAGAUGAUACAAGCCAAGGCUGGGAGUUUUAGCCAAAAUGUUGAAUUCCUGAACCUCCUUCCUAAGAGGGGUCCAACAGCCUUCUCAGCUUUUUGUGAAGCUUUACGAGAAACCAAACAGCAUCACUUGGAGGAAAUGCUCCUGAGCACUAUCUCCAGUCGUAGCAAUGGGACUGCAAAGUUGAGUCAUAGCUAUGAGGAAAGUCUGUCGCUUCCUGUACAUGAAGUGGGUAUCUUUCAAAAAAGGCCACGUUGGAAUCAUGCAGAACCAAUUGAGCAUUCUUGUGAUGGAGUGGUCCCCCACUACCCUCAGGUGAUACCCUGCACUCCUGAAUUCUACCACACUCAUGACAUCUGCCUGUUAGAUGAGACAGACCGUGGAGUGGACCAAAUAGAUGGGAAUGAGCGCGCCAGCUCUCCAGGUUGUGAAGAGAGUGAUGCAAACAUGAAAGAAAACGCCAAGCUGCGCCUUCCCACUUGCUCUGACAUGAUCUGUGGAUAUGCCUGUUUGAAGGGCACAGCUGCUAUGAGAAAUACUAAACGUGGGUCUUGGUAUAUAGAAGCUCUCACUUCUGUGUUUGCUGACGACUCCAGACAUAUGCAUGUGGCUGACAUGCUUGUGAAGGUGAACAGAUUAAUCAAGCAUCGAGAAGGCCAUGCUCCUGGCACAGAGUUCCACCGUUGCAAGGAGAUGUCAGAAUACUGUAGCACUCUCUGUCAAGACCUUUACCUAUUCCCAGGCUAUUUUCCUGGGAAUUAGCCCUGCCACCCUUUCUCUAAAGCAGCUGCUUCAUCUGUGCCCAGCCAGUUGAAUGUUGGAGUGGUCAGAGUACAGCCAUGCAGAUAUAGUUAGGCCUUAGCUCACCAACCCUUGCUAAUAUAGUCAGUGGCGAGGGAUUCUAGAGUUGGAAACUAACAAACCUUGAAGGGCAAAAUUUUGCCCUCUCUUGUUCUGUGCAGUUGCCAUGGAAUGAUCUCAGGCUGACCCUUCUUCAUGGCUUUUUGGUUUGGGAAGAAUUCUGAAGAGAAACCACAUGCGCUGUGUUGCUCCUGAGUUUUUCCGAUUUUUUAAAAAUUGGGGAAUUUCUGUCCUAUGCAAAGGCAGCUUAAACAUAUUUUAAACAUGGCUUGCUUGGUCCUAUUUCUUAUUCUUGGUGCAGCAUGUCCACUGAGGUCAUGCUUUCAGGCAGAAUUUGGGAGAGGUUGAUGCCUGAAACCCAAGUUUAAGGUUUAUAAUAUUGAAGUUUUGUUCUUGUACCAAAAACAGUGAGGUAAGGAGCGCCUUAAUGAUUAGUAAUAUGUUGAUAAACAGGAGUGUUAAUAACCGUUUGUAUAAAAGCCAUUUUAUAUAUAAAAAAUGAAAAAUUGAAAACAAAGUGUUUUUUAAAAAAUA